GAGGGCAGAGGGUUGGUGGAGCAAGAGGAAGCUCGGGACGACGACUAGAAGAAGGAGGCGGGCGGCCCCGGCCCCAGGCCCCUCCCAGGCUCUGAGUCUCCCCGGCUGCAGGCGGAUGGAUGGGGCUUCUUCAGGCGGUGGCGGCAGCAGCGAAGGUGGCGGCGGCAGCAGCGGCAGCGGCUAUGGUGUGGUGGCUCGAUUCUCCCAGUGCCUGGCGGAGUUUCGGACGUGGUUAAGAACCAACUGGUUGAGGUUCAAUGCAGACAAGACGGAUGUGAUGCUGAAUUCAUUCAGUACCUUAAAGGACCAUGAUCCCCAGCUUUUUAUCAUACUUGGGAUUUUUGUUGAUGGUUUUAAUGAAGAAUCAAAGAUUAAAUGGGCUUAUUUAGCAAUAGAAAAUGUGCAUCAGAUGUUUAUGUUUAAUUGGUUUACAGACUGUCUGUGGACUCUUUUCCUGUCAAAUUACCAGCCAUCUGUUGAGUCUUCAAGUCCAGGAGGUUCAGCAACAUCAGAUGACCAUGAAUUUGAUCCAUCAGCUGACAUGCUGGUUCAUGAUUUUGAUGAUGAACGAACAUUAGAAGAAGAAGAAAUGAUGGAAGGAGAAACAAACUUCAGUUCUGAAAUAGAGGAUCUUGCAAGGGAAGGCGACAUGCCAAUUCAUGAACUUCUCAGCCUUUAUGGGUAUGACAGUGCUAUCCGACUGCCUGAAGAAGAUGAAGAGGAGGAUGAGGAGGAAGAAGAAGGUGAAGAGGAUGACGAUGCUGAUAAUGAUGAUAACAGUGGCUGUAGUGGGGAAAAUAAAGAAGAGAAUAUAAAGGAUUCAUCAGGUCAAGAGGAUGAAACUCAGUCUUCCAAUGAUGAUCCAUCACAAUCUGUGGCUUCUCAAGAUGCCCAGGAAAUAAUUCGCCCACGUCGAUGUAAAUAUUUUGACACAAAUAGUGAAAUAGAAGAAGAAUCUGAAGAAGAUGAAGAUUAUAUUCCAUCAGAAGACUGGAAAAAGGAGAUUAUGGUGGGCUCCAUGUUUCAAGCAGAGAUUCCAGUUGGCAUUUGUAGAUACAAAGAAAAUGAAAAAGUAUAUGAAAAUGACGAUCAGCUCCUGUGGGACCCUGAGUACUUACCAGAAGAUAAAGUGAUUGUAUUUCUUAAGGAUGCAUCUAGAAGAACAGGUGAUGAGAAAGGUGUAGAAGCAAUUCCUGAAGGAUCUCACAUAAAAGACAAUGAACAGGCAUUAUAUGAAUUGGUUAAAUGCAAUUUUGACACAGAAGAAGCAUUAAGAAGAUUAAGAUUUAAUGUUAAAGCAGCUAGAGAGGAAUUAUCUGUUUGGACAGAGGAAGAGUGCAGAAAUUUUGAACAAGGGCUGAAGGCCUAUGGAAAGGAUUUUCAUUUGAUUCAGGCUAAUAAAGUUCGAACAAGGUCAGUUGGUGAAUGUGUAGCAUUCUAUUAUAUGUGGAAAAAAUCUGAACGUUACGAUUUCUUCGCUCAGCAAACGCGAUUUGGAAAAAAGAAAUAUAAUCUUCAUCCUGGUGUAACGGAUUACAUGGAUCGUCUUCUAGAUGAGAGUGAAAGUGCUGCUUCUAGUCGAGCACCAUCCCCUCCGCCGACUGCUUCAAACAGUAGUAACAGCCAGUCUGAAAAGGAAGACGGCACUAUGAGUAAUAGUAAUCAAAACGGGGUGUCAUCUAAUGGACCAGGUGAAAUAUUAAACAAAGAAGAAGUAAAAGUUGAAGGGUUACACAUUAAUGGACCAACAGGUGGAAAUAAGAAACCACUUCAUGCAGAUAUGGAUAGUAAUGGUUAUGAAACAGAUAACCUUACCACUGACCCAAAACUUGCCCAUAUGACAGCAAAAAAUGAAAGUGAUUUUGAUGAAAAAAGUGAGAGACCUGCCAAAAGGCGAAGGGUAAACAGCAAUGGAAAAGAAAGUCCAGGUUCUUCUGAAUUUUUCCAAGAAGCAAUUUCACACGGAAAAUUUGAAGAACUUGAAAACACAGAUGACUGAAUUUUAGACUUAUUUUACUUUCUUUGGAAUAAAUUCUAGUGUGACUAAAAUUUUCAGGGUUGAUGGGUUACCUUAAAAAGUUGAUUUCCUUGAAGCAAUUGGUGAAAAUUUGAAAAUUGGAAUUGAGCCCUAACUUCGGUAAAUAAGAUUUCAUAACUCUGCCUUUUAUAGACCUUAUAUUUUAAAACUAUAAAGACUCUUUUAAGAAUAUAACAAAUGAUUUAGUAAAUUUGAAUGAAGAUAAUCUAUACCUUCUCAUUUGAUGUAUUGAUCCUAAAAUGUUAUUACAAGGUAUUUUUUGCUUAAUUUGAUGGCAGAGAAGAAAACACCAAGUUCAAAUUUCUGCUUAUUAUUAAGGAAACCCUUAUGAAUCCUGAAAGUUAUGCUAGCAUGAUUUUUUUAUAUAUAGAAAUUUAAAAAUAAACCAAGUCAGGUUUGUAUAUGUAAAAUUGUUGACAUCAAUGAUGUCUUUCCAUAUUCUUAUCUGGGCUUAAGAAAUACAUUCUGUAUUUUUCCAGAUUCUUUGUAGCCUUUGAAAGAUUUUUACAGUACAUAUGUCUUGACUGAGCUGUCCUUUCUUAAUACAAAAGCUUGUAUAAUUUUCUUAACUUGUACAGUUGGUAAACUUUUAUGAGAGGAAUUGAUAUUCUGAGUCUGUCAGCUUUCAUUUUAUUUUGCUAAGGUUUUUCUAAUGAAUUUUUAAGUGUUUGUGUAGUAACUAAGUCAUGUUUCUUAUCCAGGUGGUAAAAGCAUUCAUAAAGGAUUGUGAAAAUUUGUUUUUUAAAUUUCUACUUAAGGACAAAUAGUUUGCGAAUUCUGAAAUUAAGCAUGAUACUUAGAUUGCAUAGGUUGUUUUGCAUUGCUAUAAUUUUCAAAAUUAUUUUUGAAGCAAGACAAAGUUUAAUGUUGGCUUAAGUGCUUAAAUGUAUCAUGCUGACCAGAAUCCUGUUCAGUUAUUUUUAUAUGCAUUAUGAAAUUUCCCAUUUUUGCAUUAAAUAAACUGGGGAAAAGGUCAAGUGAUAUUUAGAUAAUUGGCACAACAGGGAGUUGGCAGGCAACAAUCUUGAUUUUAUGAAGAAAUAGUGAUGAAGUGAGAAAAGUUUUUGGACUUUUCCAGUUAUAAUCCAGUUUUCCAGAUUCGACAGCAUAUUUCCAAAUGAAAACAAGACAUGCAGUAACCUUUGCUCUGUGUGAUUACAAAUAGGAUCGUCCAUUUGCAUAGCCUUGCAAGAGUGCCAUUUUAUUUUUAGUGCAAAAUUCUUGUUAAAAAAUGUAGUUUUAUACAUACAGCUGAUAGACCAACUUAUAUCCAAACUUUUGUAAAAGAUUAUUAACUAUUCUUGUUUUUAUCACACAGGCAUACCCCAAAUGCUUCUACCAGUUCAUUUUCAGCCAUCAGUUCAAGAGCCAAUGCCUUUUUAAAAUAAAUCUUCUGUGGUCUUGUUUUUAAUGGCUCAACUGUCUAAUGCAAUUGAGUAGAGGUUUGCACUGAGAUAUUAUGGUUUAGGCCUUACCCCCAUGAAGUAUUACCAUUAACAGUUUUAGACUGCUUCCCUCCACCAAUGUGAACAACUUUUUCCCCCAAACAGUGUUAAAAGCCACUUUGCAACACUUGACUUCAUAUAAUGUACUUUCACUGUUAUUACAUACAUAUCCAAGUAAAUCAAAGUUUUGGGUGGAAGUGUUGAGAAGCAUGAAUUUUUUUGUUGGUUUUGUUUUGUUUUGUUUUGUUUUGUUUUACCUAGAACAUUAAUUUAUCCAGAAUGGCAGCUUUAACCGAUGGUCACAAUCCAUUUUCCAAAUGAGAUUUUAUUAAAUGAAUCCAAAGUAUCCUAGCUUUUAUCAAAGAUGGUCUAUAGAAAUGUUUCAAAUGAAUAGUGAUGCUGUACUUUUUAAGUUGUUGCAAUAUUAGAGACACCAUUUUCACCUUUUCUAAAAGAUGCAUUUUGUUUCUGAAGUUCUUGUAAAAAUAUUACAGGAACAUUUUUAGUAAAUUCUCAGGCAUGUUUGCAAAUACGGCACAUGUAUACAUGUUAGGAAAUCUUUUCUUAAUCUUAUCUUUUUAAAGUAUGCCUAACAAAAGACAUUCCACUAUUAUAGUACAUAAUGCUCAGCUUUUCAUAAAGAAAUAUUUAAUUGUAUUUUAUGUUUAUACAGGUAUUUCACACAGUACUUUGCUCUUUGCUCUUCAUAAUGCAGCCAUUAUAACUUGAUAAGUCAUUGCACUAAAAUUUUUAGUAAUAUCAUGAAGUUAAUUUGCUUAAUGUUUAGUACAUUUCAUAACUCUUGAACUCUUGACAAAUUGCAUUGGGAAAAGAAGCCUUUGUUAAUAGUUACUUAGUCUCCCUCAUCCCCAGCAAAGCAUUAUCAUUUUCGUUUGGAAUGGUAUUGUUUUACGAUGUGUUUUCAAAUAGAGUUCAGAAUCUGCAACUCAGUUCAACACAAAUCUGUUGAGCUUUAAAAUGUAUUUGAAAUAAUAUUUAAAUAGGCAUUUAAAAUUAUGAAUUAGAUGUUUUUAAAUUUAUGCAUAGUAAUUUUGCACUGUAAAAUAAUUCCCUUCUCCCAUUCCCUGUCUGCCAUUCUGAAUAUGCUUAUUAAAAUAUUUUUUUAAACAUA